ACUACCAGCUCUUUUCGCUCUAUCAGUCGCCAUGCCCUUGUCCAGUGUACAUGCUGGAGGGUCCUCCAGCGCGGUACUGACCAGCAAAGGUCACGUUGAAUUUCAGAGCACGAGCAACGAGAUGAUCAAACCCGAGGGCAAGGCGGAGGCCAUCGAACUCACCAUUCGUGUGCCGCAGACGCCGUUCAGUCCGGCGGUGGGCACGGUGUCGGUCCCCGGAGGUGACACGGACCUGGGUAGGAUGUCACGUACGACGACCACGGCCUCCCAAGUCAGUGUCGUAUCCGAGCUCCCGCCCGUUGACCGAGGCUUCGGCGCCUGGUCCUUUCUCGCCGCCGCCUUCAUGGUCGAAACGAUCGUCUGGGGUUUCCCAACCGCAUACGGAACGCUGCUUGAAGCAUACCUCGCUGAUCCUCAGUACAAUUCUCAGCCCGGUGCAACCUCUCAACUGGCGCUUAUCGGGCCGCUGAUUUCUGGGGUUAUGCAUUGCUCGUCACCUCUGAUUAAUCCCAUGUUGUACCGAUACCCACGAUGUGGGCGUCCUCUGUGUUGGGCUGGAAUGGCGCUCUGCGCUGUCAGUCUCUUCGCGUCAAGCUACGCAAAGACGGUGCCACAGCUGCUUGCGCUUCAGGGCGUGAUUUAUUCGAUCGGCGGAUCGCUCUUCUACGCGCCCAUCAUCUUCUACAUGUCCCAAUGGUUUUUGGAUAGGCGAGGCAUUGCUAAUGGUGUAAUCUUUGCCGGAACCUCCGUCGGCGGCGUCGCCUUACCUCUCGCAUUCCCGCCACUCAUCGCCCGCUUCGGCAUCCCGACCUCUCUGCGCAUCUUCGCCGGGCUGACGCUCGCCAUCCUGCUCCCCUUCCUCCCAUUCGUCAAAGGCCGACUUCCCGAGACGCAUACCCAGGUUCGCGGCCCGGAACCGCGGAACAGGAAGGAGUGGUGGAAGGAGGCUUCGUUUUUGCUCCUGCUUGCGACGAAUAUGCUGCAUGCGUUUGGGUAUUUCGUGCCGACGCUUUGGUUGCCGACUUUUGCGAGCGCGCUCGACCUUAGUGCGAGCAAGUCGUCGCUCACUUUGGCGCUGCUGAAUGGCGCCGCCACCUUCGGACGUCUCGCGACCGGUCUCCUCUCCGACCGCUUCGAGCCUUGGGGUAUCGCCGUUGGCAUGCUCGCACUGACCGCGGCUGCCUCUUUUAUUUUCUGGGGUGUCCUGUCGCACACUUUCCCCGGCCUCAUCAUGUUCAGCGUGCUUUUUGGUAUCAUCUCGUCGGGGUGGACGACGCUGUGGACGGGUUUUGUAAGGCCUAUCGCAAAGGACGACCCGAACCUAGCGACGACGCUCUUUGGAUGGCUCCUGCUCACGCGAGGAGUUGCUAACGUCCUAUCCACGCCGAUUUCGACGGCGCUUGAGACGCCAGGGACUACAUCCAGCAGUGGCAAUACAAUUACCCUGGGCUUCCAGGUCGCAGGCGGGCGGUUUGAGAAGAUGAUUGUGUUCACGGGGGCGUGCUUCGUUGGUGCGGUAGUCGUGGUGAGUCUGGGAUGGGGACUGGAGGUGAGGAAGCGGCUGCGGGGGACGGGGUCUGGAAUGGAGUUUUAGUAGAGCUCGAGUGCUAGCUACGAUCCUGGUGUUUGGGCG